UCCUUUAUAUAAAAAUAGUAACCUCUUUUGUUUUCUUACCUCACACACAUCUACAAGCUCUUUUGACAAAUUAACUUUUUUGAUGGCUAAGUUUGGAGUAUAUCCAAUGUUGGUUCUUUUCAUGGUGUUGAAUAGUGUCAUAGGCCAAAAUGGUGGUAGGGGAGAUGAACUUGUGCCUGCCAUGUUCAUAUUUGGUGACUCUCUUAUUGAUAAUGGUAAUAAUAACAAUAUGGCUUCCUUAGCUAAGGCUAACUAUUUUCCAUAUGGUAUUGACUUCAAUGGAGGUCCAACUGGUCGUUUCUCAAAUGGUUACACCAUUGUUGAUGAAAUAGCUGAAUUGCUUGGACUACCCUUAAUUCCUGCAUACAAUGGAGCUGCAAGGAAUCAAGUGUUUCAUGGAGUAAACUAUGCUUCAGCUGCUGCUGGAAUCCUUGAUGCUACAGGAAGAAACUUUGUUGGGCGCAUACCAUUUGAUCAACAACUUAGGAACUUUGAGAACACAUUGAAUCAAAUUAGUGGAAAUCUUGGAGCAGAUAAUAUGGCAACACAACUAUCAAGGUGCAUAUUCUUUGUUGGAAUGGGAAGCAAUGACUACCUAAAUAAUUAUCUUAUGCCUAAUUAUAACACAAGAAAUCAGUACAAUGGACAACAAUAUGCUGAUCUCCUUGUUCAAACAUAUAACCACCAACUCACUAGACUUUAUAAUCUUGGAGCAAGGAAAUUUGUGAUUGCUGGAUUAGGGCUAAUGGGGUGUAUUCCAAGCAUAUUGGCUCAAAGCAUGAGUGGAAAAUGUUCUCAAGAAGUGAACUUGUUAGUGCAACCUUUCAAUGAAAAUGUGAAAACCAUGUUGAGCAAUCUCAAUACUAAUCUACCUGGUUCAAGAUUCACAUUCCUUGACACUUCACGCAUGUUCCAAGAAAUCCUUCUCAAUGCUAGAACUUACGGAUUUACUGUUGUGAAUAGAGGGUGUUGUGGCCUUGGAAGAAACAGAGGUCAAAUUACAUGUCUACCCUUCCAAACUCCAUGUCCUAAUAGAAACCAAUAUGUAUUUUGGGAUGCAUUCCAUCCAACAGAAGCAGUCAACGUUUUGAUGGGAAGGAUAGCUUUUAGUGGAAGCACAAAUUUUAUUUAUCCUAUUAACAUUCAACAACUUGCUCAACUAUAAAAUUGAGUAUGCUAUGUGAGAAUCUUGAUUUGUUAUCUCACUUUUAUCUUUUUAAUUAUCAUUUACAUUUAGUGUAAGGAACUAUAUUAGAGAACAAUUAAUUGUAGUGUCUUGGUGCAUGCUAUGAUGAUAUGAAUUUAGUGGUCUUAUUUUA